AUCUCUGGCCGCCAUAUUUGCGCAUGUACGUUUCGAGCCGUGGACCCUCGUGGACGAACUUCGAUCAGAAAGAAAAAAGAAUUUCGUUCUCAGCAGUAAGUUGGAUCAUUUUCAGAGUCUAAAGUGUGCUACAGAAACAACCCAUCAUGAACACAGCCGAGAAGUUGAAGAAGCAAGUGGACCAAGUGCGGAUAGGCGGUAAGGGGACGGCAAGGAGAAAAAAGAAGGUGGUCCACAGAACCUCGGCCUCGGACGAGAGGAAGGUGCAGACCCAGCUCAAGAAGCUGGGCGUCAACACAAUCCAAGGCAUCGAGGAGGUGAACAUGAUUAGAGCCGACAACAUGGUCAUCCACUUCAACAACCCCAAGGUGCAGGCGUCUCUAGCAGCAAACACGUUUGCCGUCAGUGGGCUCUGCGAGACCAAAUCACUCACAGAAAUGCUGCCCGGAAUCCUCAAUCAGUUGGGCCAUUCAUCACUUUCAACGCAGGAUAACCAGGACAGUCUCCGUCAAUUUACGGCAAAGAUGCCCAGCAUGCAGGACGCCAUGAAGGCAGGUACCAAGCCGGACACCAUCGAUGAGGACGAUGAGCACGUGCCAGAUUUAGUAGAGGAUUUUGAUGCACCCUCCAAGGAAGAAUCCUAGGUUCCCAUCUACCACUUCACACCGUUGGAAUUCAAGAAUCCAGGAUCCACAAAACCCAUUGGCUUGAGAAAAAAAAAACAGCCGUCAUGAGGAUGACAUAGCUUGACUGCACUCGUGUAACGGCAAUAGAAAGUUCACAUUAUUGGUCUGCCGUGCAGACUUUGGGGGAAAAUCAAAUAACCCUUUGCAGAGGCGAGCUUUAUUUACCUGUUCAACUUUUGGGUUGCAUUACGUUGCGUAGCGGGUACAUUACUUCAGGGUGACCUUUUUCUGCACGACAGUUCUUUGAAAUUGACCUUUCUUGUAAACUGGAGCCGCCUAAAGCGAAUGUGUUAUUUUUAUUUACAAUUUUUUUUUAUAUAAAUAGCUCAUUUUUUUUGUAGGUUUGUUUAAUACCCACAUCCAAUGUGGAUUCGGACAUAAAAAAA